CGCUUAACUAAUCUGCUAGAGAGGGGCUUAGCGUUUUGCUUCUCUUGAAUAAUUUCCAGAACUGAAACAUACCUUUUGCUUCUGUUUUUUCUAAAAAAAUGUCUUGGCUUAAGCAAGAACAAUGAGGGGACUGCAGUAGCUGGCUCCCUUGCCAUCAGGGAGCAUCACUGCAGUCAGUAGAAUUUCUGUAUCUCUUUAUAUACUUGGUAUAUUUUGUGUAGCUUUCUAACUCCUUUCUCAUGUUGUUUUAUGCAAAUUCAUGUUAUUUUACAGUGUUUGAAGAAGGAAAGAUGCUUCAGUUUUUCUGUGAGGUUUUUCAAAUAGAUUUCUCAAACUUAAUGUAAUCUGUAGCUUGCUUCUUGGUAUUUUAUCAUGAUUGUUGUCAUUUUUCUGUUGGGACAUCAGUGGAACUACUAUUAGAUCUAGUCUUGUAAGCUAGAGAUACUUAUUUAGAACAUUCAUGCAAAUAUAUAAUUUGGUUUUAAUUUGUAGUUGGAAUAGGUAUGAAAAAAUCUUAAUGUCAAAUGAAAGACAUAGCUCUUCUAUAAAUUUUGUGUAUGUAUGUGGGUAGGUAGGUGGAUGGAUCAGUUUAACUCUUUAUUUACCAGACAUUAUUUUUUUAAAAAAUUAUUUUUAUGAUCACAUUUAGCUUGAGUUUUUGAAAUAACAACUUUCUAUUGCAUAUAGCAGUUUUGAAGGCUGAAGAACCCCAUUAACUCCUGAUUUUGAGUUACGUAGUAGAUAUGUCUUCUAACAGGAAAAUUAUUAAAAACAAAAAUAUAUUUUUGACCAUCUGUGUUCUGAUACUUGGCUUGAUACUGUUUGAGCUGUCUGAAGCAGUUAUGUGCAGCCAUAAUACUAAUUAAUUGCUGUGCUACAUCUGAAUAUUCCUACACUCCUUACAAAGGAUUUUGUGUGGUUUUGACUCACUCACCUGGGUUUACCGUGUGCCAUAUGGUCAUUCUAAAAAUUAUUUUUCCUAGAAACAGCUGUGUUUAUACAACUGACUCUUCUUUUAGACAAUCAAAUUGAUACACGGAUAUUCUAAUUCAUUUAUAGGUGCAUAGAUAAAACCUGAAAAUGGAAACAAACCACAAAGUAUAUUGCCAAAACCUGGAUUUACCUAUGUUACAGGUUCAUUAAAAUAUUUUACUAGUGAUCAUUAAAAAAGGUAGCAUUUUUGAGGCAGUGCUCCCACAGAAACAAAAGUAGCCCAACUUCUGGCUUCAUCCAAAAAAAAUUUAGCAGUUACAAGCUGAAGGCAUUCAUACCUGAUGGCUGAAGGUAAUACAUAUCUCCAGAACUAGUUCUAAAGAAGGGGGAAAAAUCCUAUUUUGAAUUUGUCAUGUAGUACUGGGAAGACGUUACAGAAACUGCUCUUCAGGAAUGGUAAUGCCACUGAGAUUCAGAAAGAGGGUUAUUGCUCAUACUUCAAAACGUGAAACCAGAGAAGGCUAUUUUUUAAUCUUGGAAACAAAAUACAUAUUUUCACUGUUACACCACUGUCCAGGUCAAUGUUAUGUUGGCUUUUUCAUUUAGUAAGUGCAUGUUGUCUAGCCAUAUGGAAAAAGUCAGAGACAAGCUCAAAGGGCAUAUAAUUGUUUUUCUUCAUUUGGUUGCUGAAUUGGAAACCUGAGAGAAGGAAUGUUCAUAGCCUAAUAAAAACAAGUAUAUUUUUUUUCUUAGCAGAAUGAAAAGUUAUAAAUACAUUGUAAAAUACUCGAACAAAAUCAGUAGAAGGGGAAUGAAUGGUUGACUGUGGUAACAUCUGUUUUCAUUAGUAAUUUAGUGUUAGAAACAUGGGAAAAUCCAAGCUUGGGUGUAUGUUGCCCUCUCUCUCCUCCAGAGCUUUUUACCCCUUAUGGAACACGCUUUUAAGAAGUCAUUGAUGCAAAUGCAUAGAGAAGAAACAACUUUCUUCCUAAGCAACUAGGCUGUAACAGAGGACAAGUAUUCCUGCGUACUCUUCUUGCCUGUUAAAUGUGAAUGUGUAUCACUAGGGGAGGUUGAGCUUACACCACUCCAGAAUACCCUGCUGCUUAGUAAUUGUCAUGGUCUCGGAUGAAGCAGGAAAAGUGGGUUUGCAUCCCCAGACAGGAGAAUUGGAUGCAGGACUCUGAGCAUGCACACAAGAUGUAAAACUCAUCUAUUCUGAAAAGAUUUCCAGAAAAUGUUGGUUUUUUGUGAUUUAGCCCAAAUUCACAACGUGUUUCUGUGUUGCUGGAACUACCAUUUUAGCAAAGGUAAAGUCAUCUGGGAAGAAAGAUAGACAGGGAAGGAGAGGUGGUUGCUGUAGUUUGGUGGGACUCCUGCAGGAGAAGGUCUUUUGGAAAGGCAAGCAGAUAUUCUGCCCAGGAAGAUCGACUGAGGCAGUCUGAAAAUCCACAGCUGCUUUGUAUUUCAUGAGCAGGUUAAAGACUCCUUUGUGGUGAACAGAGGCUAGAGAAAGCAUUGAGAUGUGGUCUCUGAUUCCCAUGGGUGGUCACCACUUGGCUCUGUCACAGCAGUCUGCGUGCUGGGAAGCAGACAGAAGCUUGGUUGUAAAGUAUGCGGUCUGUUUUGAGGAUAUUCUGUGCCUUGCUGAUUCCUCAUCUUUGUCAGAUAUCACCCUUGAUGGCAAUCCAAUAGCUCAGGAGACAUGGUACAAACACACUGUUCUCCAUCAUAUGAUGCAGCUCCGACAGCUAGAUAUGAAGAGAAUCACAGAAGAAGAAAGACGUAUGGCAUCUGUUGCAGCAAGGAAAGAGGAAGAAAAGAAGCGUGAAAGCCAUAAACAGACCUUGCUUAAGGAAAAGAAACGGUUAACAAUUUGUAAUAUUGCACGUCAGUGGGAGAUACAGCAGAAUCGAAUAGCUCUUGUGGAUUCUUUAAACCAAGAUAAAGAUAAUGAACCCUGUCAGAUCAAUGGCAGUGCUGCUUAUGUAUUUCCUGAAGAAAGCAGGUCUCUUGAUACAAUAUUGAGCAGUGCAGUACAAGGUUUGUCUGUUCUUGAGUCUCAUUUAGUGGAAGUGGAAGGAGACACUCUUUGCUUGUAUGGUGCUGGAGCACUGGAGUGCCUGGAUCGAAACUGGAGUGUUCAAACAGCUGGAAUUAUUGUCACAGUCUCCUUUAUAUUCAUAGAGUUUGAUGAAAUUGUUCAAGUGUUAACAAAACUGAAGAUGAAAUUUCCUAAUUCUGUGCACCUGAAGUUUAAGGAGACAAAUCUUGUGACACUGCAGCAAUUCAAUGCAUUAGCCCAGAUGCAUCACAUUGAACAGUUGACAGUUGAUCCUCAGGGAAAUCCAGUUGUUAACUUUACUUUGUGGAAGUACUACGUUCUGUUUAGACUGAACCAUUUUAAUCUACAGAAGAUAAAUGGAGUAAAGGUUACUGAAAAUGAUAUUGUAAUGGCAGAAAGGCUCUUUGGCAUUCUGGCCUAUGUAGCAUCUUCUGAGCUGCCACAUUAUCGCAUGCUUUCAUUAUUUGGAGAAUCUAGGAAGAAGCAAUUCCAUUGUCUGCUGGAGGGAAAGGGAAAGAAAUCCGGGCUUGGAAGUGAGGAAAGUACUAACAACAGAAGAAAUGGAGGAGAAACCACAACUCGAGCAACAUUGAAUUACGAGACAAAGGACUUUCAUAUGGAAAAGCUGGAGGAAAUCAAGGAAAGAAAAACAUUUUGCCAGACGUACGUCGAGAAGUUAGUGAAAGAAGCGGCUGACAUCAAUAUGAAAAACGAAUCCUUGCAGAAGCUCUGGCCUCAAAUGUUCAUUGAGCUUGUCAGAGAUGCAGUGAUAGAAAUACGCAAUAAAAAUUCCUACAUGAAACUCUGCUUACAGCGGAUCACUGAUCAAAAACAGUAGAGUCAAGGCUUGUUGUCUUGCAAGCUUUUGGUUUCAGUGUUCUGUGAUGUUUUACAAACUUAAAACAAUAGAAUAUAAAAUUACUAUAACUAUGGCAUACUCUACUCCCCAUCCCCCUGAAGGGAUGUCUUCAAAUCUUAAUUAACUCUUGAUAGUUUUGAAAUAAAAGUUCAAUGCAUACUGCUUCCUUGGCUAAUUGAUGAGAUCGCACAGAAGUAACUUGGUGGUUGUCAUUUUCUACUAAGUUCUUGGUUGUUUUUUUUUUGCUACGCUUGCUUCUGUAGUGCUAUAGCAUUUAUUUUUUUUUUUAAGGAUGAGUUUAUACUCUGCUUGCCUUAUUUUUAUUGAACACUUUUCAGUUGUCACCUUUUUGACUAUUUGCUGCUGUUUAAAAAAAAAAAAAAUCACGAAUAGUAGCCUUGGCCUAUCAAUCCAGCCUGUCCAGGUCCCUCUGUAGAGCCUUCCUACCCUCAAGCAGAUCAACACUCCCGCCCAAUUUGGUGUUGUCUGCAAUCUUACUGAGGGUGCACUCGAUCCCCUCAUCCAGAUCAUUGUUAAGGAUAUUAAACAAGACUGGCCCCAACACUGAGGUCUAGGGAACACCACUUGUGACCAGCUGCCAACUCGAUUUAACUCCAUUAACGACAACAUUUUGGGCUCAGCCAUCCAAGCCAUCUUUUUUUCUUCAUGGAGGCAGUUUUGACACAGGCUAUAGGCCAACUUAACUUUGGCAACAUCUCCAAGCUAGAUGAACCAUUGUCCUUGUUAUUGUUUGGUUCCACUUGCAGACCCUUAUACCUACUAUGUAAGGGCACCUGGGAAGGUUGGGUAGUCAGAGAGGAGAUGCACCUGCUGUGCCAGGCAGGAACUUGUUGCCGUUGUCCCCCAUCCCUUAAGUCACUGUGUUCAGCCAGGCAGAGAGAGGAUAGGGAAUUCUAUAUAUCAUGUGUCCUGACUGCCUGUUGGGUCUGUCUCAGGGAAGGUAGGGGUGCGAUUCCAGUAGCCUAUCUCUCUCUUGCCCUCCCUGAUACCCCUCACCAUACAUACCUCCUCCCGGAGCUUUCUCACUAAACAGAGGAGUUCCACUACCUUGCUGGGUUUGGAGAAAAAGUAUUUUCUAUUUGCUUACUUUGCCUCAGGGAGCCUUCAGAAGGUUCUUUGGGGUUUUUGCCUUUCUGGUUUUUUUGUUGGUUGGUUGGGGUUUUAAAAUUUUUUUUAAUAAAGUGAAAAAGGAAGAAAAGGUGAAAGAAUAAAAGUGGGUUGUAGAGGAAUCUUGUAAGAAAUUGAAUUUGGUUGACUAUAAAAAAUUAGAAAUGUUUUCCCCCAUCUCUUAAAACAUUCUUUUAGCUUUUCUUUUUAAAAGCAUAAAUACAUAUGCACAGACAGUGUGGUGUGUUUUAUGUCUUUUCCAUGUCUUCCUAUAAGUUCUGCUAUCUUACAGAACUUGAGAUUUUUUUACAGGGUGGGGAGAAGUAAGAAACCUAGUAAAAAGCAUGCUAGAUGCUAGCUUUUUUGUAUUUUUUCUCUCUGCUUGGAAGGUUUUGUUCAACAGCAUGCACAUCUGUGUGAUUUCACUGACUGCUGCCUAGGCAAUGACAGGUGGUCCAAAAAUCUUGAUUCUGUUGGGGAGAAAGCUGUUCAAGAGCACUGGGAGCAGGGCUAAAGGCAGCCUAUGAGCACUUAGGACCAAAACAUCAGAAAGAUUUUUGAACUCUUCCUUGGAAGGGCUUGCAUGCUACAAAUGCUAGAUUUGGGAAUGAAAUAUGACUCAGAGUGCUGAUGUCAGUAAGAACCAAGGAAACAGAAAAAUUAUGUGGGAGACUAACGUGUAAUUAAAAAUUCAGAGGUGACUUUUCUUUUUUCAACAAAACAUUGUUCUGCCCAGAGCCAAGCAAUAGUUUGGGUAACAGUUAAAAGAUUUACAGAGCAUUUAAUUGGCACUGGGUAGUGGAUUGUUAUUGUUGUUCUCAAGUAUAGUGACAGUUGUUCAUAACCCCCAGAGUCCUUUUGCAGCUACUGCUCUUGUUGCUUGAGACAGGACAAAUAUUGGACAAGCUUUAGAGAAGAAAUGGAGAGGGAGAGACAAACAGAAUUGUUUAACUCUGGCAUUCCCCUGAAAGAGAUACACAAGAAGGUAAAGAAUUAUUUUCUUGUAAUUCGAGUAUCUUAGAGAUUAAGUGCUGAAUCCAGUCAUGCAUGGUGGUAGAAUUUAUACUUUAAAUAUCUGUAAUACUCUUGAUCAUUUCCUAGUAGUUUUAAAGGAUCCUAAACAAGUUCUUUCUUUCUGGAAUGCUAGACAUGCAUAACACAAAUAGCACUAACCUUUUCAAAGCAGCAAGAACAAUACCUUUCAAGAGUCAAGGUAAAAGUCAAGCCUUUCUGCAUAUAGUAUUGAGCAUUUAACACUUAAGCACAGCAGAAGAUAGCCUGGAAUGACAUAUGGUUUCCAUCUACUGAUAUAAUUAGACAAGAGAUUGUAAAGUUAAUUUAAACUACAGUGGUGAAGAUAUUGUGCCCUUGAUUGUGGUGUGUUUGUAUUACAUGCUCACGUAGUCUAGACAUCUUACUUGGUUAUCCAAAUAAUGCUGGUAUUAAUGUAAUUCAUGCUCAGUGAAAGAAAUCAUAGCAAUAUGUAGAGAAGCCAUGACUUUGCAGUAAUAAAAAAUGCUGAGUUCAUUGAUUAGCUAUUAUAUUACACUUUGAAAUUAUAUUGUGAGACUAUGUGCUGUGGUUUGUGUUCUAUAUGGAUAUGUAGCACAUUUGCUGCCUAUUCGCAUUAGGCUUCAAUGAUCUAUGUUUUCUAAUAAAGUAAAGAAAUAAUUCUGAAGAAUGAUAAAAGAAA